GUGGGCACUACAGUCAUCACGGUUUAUAUCGUUUGGUUCGAUUUGGAUUGCUACAUAGCGUUAGAUGUUUUGUGGUAAAAGGUUAACUAAAAUAACAUUUUAUAAUGGCUCUCGCUGAUGCGACGCUGCCGUCGAUAACUACGUUUUCAAGCAGUAAGACGAUGGAGGAAAGACAGUCUGCAAUUGUCCAUGACUGGAAAGUGGACUGUUGCAAUACCAGCACAACAGGUGAUGACUUGAGAUCCCAGAUUGAAGUGGAGCUCAGUAUCGUUGAAUCACCUGCAGUGACCAGAGAUGAAGAUGACCUGGGGAAAUUCUUGGAUUUAGAGUUCAUUUUAUCCAACACCAUUGGAUCUGAAAGUGGAACCAAUAACUCAUCUCAACAGUCCUGCUCAUACUCACUGCCUGAGUCGCCGGAAAGCUGCAGCACAGGGCAUGACAGUGACGGUUCUCAGCUCACACCCAAUGCUUACGGCAGCUAUAACUUCAACACAAGUCCUGGGCACAGUCUGGUAGCCGAGCUGCUAACCCCAGAGAUGAAUUAUCAGAGCGACACACUGUUAGACUACAGGCUGAAGCAGCCUGCCACGGACAGGCGGGAGUACACUGAACUGCGGGCCUUGAAUAUAGCUACUGCCACUCCAGUCCACUUACAAGUGACCGACUCUCAUCCCAUGGGAUACAAAAUAAAGACAGAAAACACUGAGCGGUCGUGCAUGAUGGCAGGUGACUUCAUAGGACACAUGUAUGAUGAGAAACACAUGCGUUCCCUGCACACAGAGUUCACGCACCAUCAACUUGCUGUUCAGGGGUUUGCACCUCAUGGCAUGCAACAGAGUGUGUCCCGAGAUGGGAUGGGGCGCAAAGACUGUCACUUGACAGAGAUGAACUCUCAUCAGCAUAUUAACAUGGCACACCCUCAACAGUAUGAGCCAUAUCCACCGCAGUACACGCAUCACCAAGGUGCGCUACAGUACAGGAUGUUCAGGGAGCCCAUGCGGGUGCACCACCCGUCCAUGCCGGGGGUGAUGUUGACCCCACCAUCAUCGCCACUUUUGGAGUUUUACGCGCCGGAAGAUAGCAAACCCAAACGGGGUCGUCGGUCUUGGGCGAGAAAACGCACAGCCACUCAUAGCUGUGAAUUCCCUGGAUGUGGGAAAACCUACACCAAGAGUUCCCAUCUAAAGGCUCACAUGCGAACACACACAGGUGAGAAACCGUACCAUUGCAAUUGGGAAGGCUGUGGUUGGAAAUUUGCGAGGUCUGACGAGCUGACUCGUCACUAUAGAAAGCACACCGGUCAGAGGCCUUUCCAGUGCCACUUGUGUGAGAGGGCCUUUUCGCGCUCAGAUCACCUCGCACUGCACAUGAAGAGGCACAUGUGAACAGACAGUUGGAUCUGACUUUGAACGUUCUAUUUUUGUAUCAUGGCGAUAGACUGGACAUGACAUGUAAAUGCUUGUACAUACUAUCGUUCUCUUCUAAAUGAUGGGAGUACAAUAUUUAAGGAAAAGGAGAGCCUUUCUUGCUUACUCUUGCAUUUAAAUUAUUGAGUGUUGGUGACUGCUGAUGGUUGCUAUUUUGGCUUUUGAAAUAACACUGAACAACGGCUGGCUGUAGCCUACCCAAUAUUUUUUUGUACAUAUGCCUACAUGUAAAUGGACAUUUGUUUUCUAUCACUUAGGCCUACUGUGUAACUUUGAUACUUUGUUGCUGUUUACAAGAAUCACCAGACUUUCCAUGGUUUUCUAUAGUUUUUACAAUAAAAUUGUGUAUUUCAAAACACGUUUUUUUUUUCUUCUAUUUAAUUGUUUGAAUGCUUAGGCUUAUUAUGCUUCUCAAAGUGCUCUUAAAUCUGGUACUUAACACUGCCUUUCAAUGUUUCAUACAUUUUGUAUACAAAAUGAUGCUAAAGUUGUAAGGAAAUAUUCUCCCAAAACUGUACUAGAGAUACUUGAAGCUCUGGGAAAAUAUUAUCCACUCUGUAAGUGCAAUAUAGUUUUGUAAAAUCACAAAGACAAAGUGUUACAAGAGCUCUGUGUUUUAUGAAAAUAAAAUGAUAUGGAAAUUAA